AUGACAAAAUGGUGUCCUGCUCUGUUCGUGUGCUUGCUCGGCUCCGCUCGUCCCAGUCGCAAAGUUCCGCUGAGAGCAUUCGUUGAUGUGUCGGAAACGGAUAAUGCAACGGCUUACGCUACAAUUGAGAUGCUUCGACUUGCCGAAUUAACAUUCAACGCUCGUUCUGAUGCAAUGGUCGACGUUCUGUUAGGCACCCGAGAACUUCCUCCGCUUCAAAGAAGCACGCUUAUGUGGAAUUUGAACAGAAUAGUGUGCGACGAGAUGAAAUUAGGCUUCAUGACUAUGCUGGCGGGGACGCACACUUAUAAUUAUGGAGUAUAUCAGGCGAUUGCGGAUACAAUGAAGGUGCCACUUGUGGACUGGGAAGUGUCUGACGUCCGCUCGGCAGAUGCGAAACGCUCUCCGAUGACUUUCUCUGUUCGGCCACCAGUUGAUCACAUACUUGUGGAUUAUAUCAAGUACAAAGGAUGGACACACGUUGUGUACAUUCAUGACGGGGCUAACGCUGAUCGGACUUUACACGGAAUGUUCGAGUAUUUGAAGGAAGGAAGCCCCGAAUACAAUCUGUAUGUGGACAAUUUCAGGGCUCCCUCCGACGAAGAGUUCUUUCGCGAAUUUUUGAAUGACUUCCAUCGCAGAAUGUCACUCACGCAUUUAAACAAGGAAAACGCCUCAGAAACAGGGGAAUCGGAGGCUGUGCGCCCAGUGCACGUCAUCGUUGACUUAGAAGGUGGGUAUCGAAUGAGGAUGUUCCUGAGAGCUCUCGACGAAAGUGUGCUUGUGAAGAAGGAGUAUCAUUAUGUAUUCGCCAAUUUUGAGAUGGAAGAUGCGGACUUGGCCUCCUUUCACUACUCAUUGAUCAACAUAACCGGAUUUCAAAUGUUCGAUCGUAUGGAAAAGAAAUUCCUGCAAAACAGAAAGAUGUUCGAGGAUAUAUAUCGGGAACAGAUCACCACAGUGGACUACCUUCCGGCAAGCAGCGCAUUCGCCCACGAUGCUCUGUUGGUUGCAGCUUCUGCGCUAGACCGCACCAUUCGAAAGCAUGGAAUUAGCGUAUUUUCAAACAGCUUCUCCCGCCAUCAGCUCUUCAAUCGUGGCCUCCCCGGACUAUACUGCAGGUCACAUGAAGAUAGUGAACAUCCAGACAGGGAGUUCGAACCCUUCGAGUUCGGAGACAAAAUUGCAGAGUCACUCAAAGAGGUGGUCCUUACUAGUGACGACGGAACUCUAACGGGACGAAUUGAAUUUGAUCCCAACACCGGAUGGCGCACUAAUUUUUCUGCUGCCGUUAUUGAAAUAAAACCAGGCGUGAAUAGUUUGAACAGCAUAAAGGAGAGAUUCCAAUGGGCGCAGGGUAAAGGAUUCCUCCUUGAUCAGCAGAGGAUGUUCCAUGAAAACAAACCUAACGUGACGAUGUCGGCGAAAGGAAUUCUUGUGGACAAGCCAUGGAAACUGAGUUUGAAUGUUGUCACCGUUUUGGUGAAGCCGUUCGUGAUGUUAAAAAGAAGCAGCCAGGGCGAUCCUCUACAAAAGGGCAACGAUCGCUUCGAAGGAUACUGCAUUGAUCUGCUGAAGCUGCUUGCCAAAAACAUCUCUGGCUUCGAAUAUAACAUCUUCGUGUCUGAAGGAAACAAGUACGGUGCUCGACAACCGGACGGCAGCUGGGACGGAAUGCUUGGAUAUCUUCUGAACGAGACUGCAGACAUCGCAGUCGCGCCGCUCACAAUCACUCAGGAGAGGGAAAGAGCAGUGGAUUUCUCAAAACCCUUCAUGACAACCGGCAUUUCAAUAAUGAUCAAGAAACCGGAGAAACAAGAAUUUAAUAUUUUCUCGUUCAUGGAACCAUUGGGAAUGCGUAUUUGGAUUUUUACACUGUGCUCGUACGUAGGAGUUUCGCUGACAAUUUUCCUUGUGUCCUCGUUCUCGCCAUACGAGCAACGAGUACAGUUCAAUCGUGGAGAAUUCUCUGUCUCGAACGAAUUUUCUAUGUACAACUCUCUCUGGUUUACUCUUGCUGCCUUCAUGCAACAAGGAACCGACAUUCUCCCAAAGGCUUUCUCUGGAAGGAUCGCUUCAUCUGCAUGGUGGUUUUUCACUCUGAUCAUAGUUUCUUCGUAUACCGCUAAUUUAGCAGCUUUUCUGACUUUAGAGAAAAUGACUCCUCCAAUCGAAUCUGUCGAAGAUCUGGCAAAUCAAAAUAAAAUUCUUUACGGAGUUGUCAAAGGUGGAUCAACUGCUGCUUUUUUCGAGGAUUCCACUGUUCCGCUAUACAAGAAGAUGUGGGACUUCAUGCAAGACGAGCACAACAAAUUCCUGAGAAAUCAAGCACCUGAGUCAGUUUUUGUGGACACCUAUGCAGAAGGGAUCGACAGGGUUAGGAAAAGUAAGGGCAAAUAUGCAUUCUUACUAGAAGAGACCACCAACAACUAUGAGGGAGGUCGCAAACCAUGCAACACAAUGAAAGUUGGGCAGAACCUAAACACGCUCGGAUACGGAAUCGCAACCAAAAUUGGAAAUCCUUUGAGGGGGUCCAUCAACUUAGCCAUACUCUACCUCCAGGAGAAAGGAGAGCUCAAACGACUGGAAAACAAGUGGUGGUACGAUCGAGGACAGUGCGACCAAGGAAUUUCGGACAGCGGUGCAAGCUCGUCGCUGAAUCUGUCAAAAGUAGCUGGUAUCUUUUACAUCCUAAUGUGCGGCAUGGUACUCUCAAUGCUUACAGCGCUAGUGGAGUUUCUUGUGCGAAAGAAGAAAGAGAAUCGACAGAAAGAAAAGAAACGACAGUCGGUUAUUCGCCAACGCCCCUUCGUAACGGGAGCAUCCAAUCGAUUCAACAAACGGCGUACAAAAUCGGAGGAAGCCAGAGGCAGUUUGUCAACACAGUGUUAG